AUGUCCUUUGCAAGUUCACCAGAAAGUUUACCAAAACGUGAAGAAGCAACCAGCGCAGGCAUUUCUUGUGGUAAUACCACCGGUAUUGGUGCGACUACUUCAACCGGCAGUACAACAGAUCGACGAACAGCUGCGAGUGCUGGUGGCACUAUAAAUAGUAGCGGUGGUGGUACAUCAGUUGCAAACUCACCCAACGAAGUAACCAAAUCAAAAGGACUAACAUUUGAUAGCGAAGGCUCAAAUACAAUUUUAGGUAGUGGAUCCUCACCCAAUGGUCAAGUAGCAAAACACGGUUCCUUGACAAUUGUGCGACGUUCAAAUAGUCGGAAAAAUUUUACACAACUUGAUGCACAACAAACCAAUAUAUUAACUUCGCCCUCAAGUACAACUGCAACCUUCUUGCAACAGACAACAAUACUGGGCGAUACUCAUCCCAACAAUACUAAUAAGGUUACAGCUACAGUAACGACAACUUCAGCUACAGUUAGCAAUACAAUUUACGCUUUAAACGACAAUCGCACAAAAGAUUUCAUUAAUCUUAAAGAUAAUAUUACAAAUACAAUAACUGAUACUACAACAAAUUUAGCGAGUACAUCUUAUAGAACAGACGUCCUUCAGGAAGGUGUCCAAAAGCAACCACAACAAUUAAAACAAUUUUCAGUUAUGGAACAACAGCCAAGCAAAAUGUUACCAAGUUCACCAGGUGGACGUGCUAGUGGUUCGGGUAAUAGUUUGAGUGAUUUAAAUACGAUACGUAGUGCAAGUGAUGAGCAUACAUUCGAUGAUCAAGAUUCUAAUAUUAAUGUGAGCAGUGUCGAAUUGGCAACGGAAAAUCUACCAGCUGUCGAUACACCUGAUGCUUGUGAUAAAGCCGCAGUCAGGCUUCGUUGUCUACUGCGUUUGCUUAACACUGGUCAAAUAUCAAACGAAGUUUUACAAAGAAAUUUACAUUAUGCAGCUCGAGUGCUCGAAGCAGUUUUUCUUGAUGAGGCAAAAAGCCCCUCGGCAGGUAAAACAAAAUUGGGGCAAAAAUCAUCAUCGUCCGUUGAACGUGAAGAACGUCUUGCUGAUGAAGAUGAUGAACUUUCUGAAGUUCAACCGGAUGCUGUACCGCCAGAAGUGCGAGAGUGGCUGGCUUCCACUUUCACUCGGCAAUUGGCUACAACUCGCAGGAAGACCGACGAGAAACCGAAAUUCCGUUCUGUGGCACAUGCUAUUCGUGCUGGUAUAUUUGUGGACCGCAUCUACCGUCGUGUCUCCAGUACUGCUCUAAUGCAAUUUCCACCUGAUGUCGUUCGGUGCUUGAGGAACCUUGACGAUUGGUCUUUCGACGUUUUUUCUCUCGCCGAAGCAGCUAAUGGACAGCCAGUGAAAUUUAUUGGUUAUGAUUUACUUAACCGUUAUGGUAUCAUACAUAAAUUCAAGAUAGCUCCAAACACUUUGGAAACUUUCUUAAACCGUAUUGAAGAAGGUUAUUGUCGUUACCGUAACCCAUAUCACAACAACUUACACGCAGCAGACGUUACUCAAACUGUUCAUCAUAUGCUCUGUCAGACUGGCCUAAUGAAUUGGCUCACGGAUUUAGAAAUAUUUGCCACAUUAUUGGCAGCACUAAUUCAUGACUAUGAGCAUACUGGCACUACAAAUAAUUUCCAUGUUAUGUCUGGCUCUGAGACGGCAUUGCUCUAUAAUGAUCGUGCAGUUUUAGAAAAUCAUCAUAUUAGUGCUGCGUUUCGCGUACUGCGUGAUGAUGAAUGCAAUAUCUUGUCAAAUUUAUCACGAGAAGAAUAUCGUGAAUUGCGCACACUUAUAAUAGAUAUGGUUCUGUCAACUGACAUGUCCUUCCAUUUCCAACAGUUAAAGAAUAUGCGCAAUCUACUUACUCUCAACGAAGCCACAGUUGACAAGUCGAAGGCUUUGUCCCUUGUUCUGCAUUGUUGUGACAUAUCACAUCCAGCAAAGCGUUGGAACUUGCACCAUAGAUGGACCAUGCUUUUGCUGGAGGAAUUCUUUCGGCAAGGUGAUCUUGAAAGGGAGCUGGGACUUCCAUUUAGUCCACUUUGUGAUCGUAAUAAUACACUAGUUGCUGAGUCACAAAUUGGUUUUAUUGAUUUUAUUGUGGAUCCUAGUAUGUCAGUUAUGGCGGAUAUGCUAGAAUAUGUACUUACACCUAUAGCACCAAUGUGUAAAAAUGUGAAUGCCAGUAUCGAUGCUGGCGAUGUACCAGUCGAUGAACCGAAACCAAUCAGAAGCGGAUCGAAUUGUAAUGCCAUUUUAGAAGGCGUAGAAAGCAAGAAUGAAGAAAACGGUUCAUCUGCGUCUAACACUUCAAGUUCUUCGGCAGCUGUAGCUUCCACAUCCAACGCUUCAGCAAAGCUUAAAUUUAGUAUACACAAACCAUGGUUAAGUUGCCUCUCCGAAAACAAGGCCAUCUGGAAGGAGCAAGCCUUAAAAGAUGCAGAAGCUCGCUCUUUUGUCACGGCAAUCGAAGAAACUGAAAGUAAGGAUGGUGCCGAUGCGGCAGGCAAAGAUGAAGCAGCCCAACCUAAGGAUGCAGAAGAAGCUUCCUAAAUUAAACAUUUUUUAAAAUUAAAUAGAA